AUGAAUUUCCUCUCAAAUCUAUCGAAAAACGAUGAGUCGAAGCACAAUCCAAACGAGGCAAAAAUCGAGCCAAACCAACUCAAGCCCACAAAGUCGGAUCUCAUCCACAGCGCCAAGGUUGUGGCUGAUGUGGCGCAGUCCCACCUCCGACACGAGCCGGAUAAGUACAACGAGGCUGAGGUGGCGAAUGCAGCUGCCGAUCUCCUCAACGCCACCACUGAGUACGGAAAGUUGGACGAAAAAGGGAUCGGAAAAUAUGUCGACAAGGCCGAAGGGUAUCUCCGCCACUACCAUAGCUCCGGCGAACAAAAGGCGGCCGGCGGUGGUGGUAAGAUGGAGGGAGAGCUUGCAAAGAAAUAA